AUGCGUAGGGUUUCAGGUUCCGCACCAGCUCCCUCUGGACAUAUAUGGCGCUUCCAGUGUUCAAUAGGGGUGGACUGUAGUGACGCAGAACCUCGCUGUAUUUGGUUGGCAGUUUUAAGAAUUAUUUCACCGCAGUCAACCCCGAUCUCAACGCCAAGAAAACCAGGAUCCAUGAGGAAGAUACAACGCCGAUUUUUUUCUUGGGCUCAAGGACCAAAGGAUAACAUGGUGUCAUCAAACGAGAAUAGUCACCGACCUCUAUCAUCUGGUGAUUUGGAGGGCAUGUCAUGGCGUGGCCUUCAGACCAUUUACCUCCAUAAGAACUUGCAGGGAUUUGGUUUCACUCUGCGCCACUUCAUAGUCUAUCCGCCGAAAUCUUACCUCCACGGCUCCAAGGAUGAAGAGAAUGGAAAUUCAAUUAAGAAAUGUGGGCAGGAGUCACCUUUGCAAGCGGUGGACACCAUCUUUGUGAAGAGCGUGAAAGAAAAUAGCCCUGCGCAUCAAGCUGGGCUGUGUACCGGCGAUAGGUUAGUGAAAGUGAACGGGGAGAACAUUCUCGGAAAAACCUACUCUCAAGUGAUUAGACUUAUUCAAAAUAGUGAAAAAAACCUGGAGCUUUCCGUUAUGCCGAAAGAUGAAGAUGUACUGCAGUUGAUAAGUGCAUAUUCCCAGGAGGCCUGCCUGAAAGACAAUGAGACAUUUUCAGUAAGGGACCCCAAGCUCCCUGAGCCUGUCCUUCGUCAAUGUUCUUCCAGCAAUCCCAACUCCAUUGCUUCACAGCUAAGCCACAAGGUUUAUAGCGCCCUAGACAACUGGCAGUACAGACCCAGCCCGACGACUUCACUGAUGGAUAGCCACCAUGCUAUUGCUUCAACAAGCAACUGGACAAGAGCGCCCGAGGAUGCCUCUGAUAUCUUUGUCACAGCAAAGCGACACCGUGGCCGCUCCUCAUCAGCCGUCAGUGCGUUCGAAUUUCACUUUGCCAACCACAAUGCUGCCAUUGCCUCAGCCACUCUCCCUCCACUACGUAAUGGUGGCCCGCCAGCCUCUAGUAACAUUUGUACCGAUUUCCUCAGUCAGCGAGCGUUGUCAGAAUGGUAUUGCAGUCAAACUGAGGAUGCUGAGCAACUGUCCACUUUCCACGGCAGAAUACCUGCAGAUUAUUUAGCAGCGCAAGAUGCUUCUAUUGCCUUUUCAGAGACGAAAAGGCAAGACUCUCUGUCUCAUCGUCAAGCCCUUGCAGAUGCUCAUAAUUCCUACUUCCUCCAGCGACAGGAUGGUAUUUUAAGACCGGGACGUAUUUCAUGCUCAGACAGUUUGCUGGCAGCAUAUGCAAAAUUUGAGUAUAACUACGAUCGUUCUGUUAAAACACUACAAGAGGCUGCUUUAGUUGUUCCGCUGUGUGCCAACAGUUCUUUAAAAGUUGAUCAACAAUCGCAUCAGAAAACUACAAGAGGGCAUGAGCAUCAAAUCAAAACAGUCAACCCUUCAACAGUGUCCUCCACAGUUCUUUCUUGUGGUAAGCAAUCAGGUCAGAAUAUAGCUGAGCCCCAAGCAAGACGAGUGACAGAUGAAUUGGUGGAUUACAAAAAUGGCAGCCCAUCAAUGUCCCAUGGCACUUGUCAACUCCCCCGACAUGCAGAGACUUUUAGAGAGCCAAGCAACUUCAGCUGCGGCCUGGAUAGCAGAAGCAGUGCUGCUCCCAGUGAAGUAGAAAUGUUACCACAACCGCAAUGGACUACCACCUCUCCACAGUCAGAGGAUAGAACUCUUAGGGGAAGGCAUCAAGAUGUCAUCUCCCCGAUCUCUUUAAUACAGCCUUUGUGUCACAAUAGUGUUGCUCAAUCUCUUACAAGUCCACAAUCACCUGAGCCGUCUUCUCCUGUCUCUAUUGGUCCUGCCUCCAAAGUCAGCAAAAAUGGCAGCCUCGUGCAGCAAGUGUACAACUCCUUGUCCUCCAUUCCGUUCAAAGGCAGUAUCAAAGGACGCCGUUCUUCUUAUCUGCUGGCCCUUACGACCGAGAGAUCCAAGUCUUAUGAUGAGGGUCUAAACACCUUCAAAGAAGAGGGCCAUGUUUUCACGAAACUACCAAAAAGAGUCAAGAGCUUUUUCAUUGAUGGGUCACUAGAAGGCUUGAAAGCCGAGGAGGAGACAAGGUCUAAGCGCCAUUCCACCUCCGAACUGGGAACCGUCACUUUCAGUGACAUCUCUAAGGAGGGUUGGCUACAUUGCAAGCAGAUUCUCACUGACAAGGGGAAGAAAGUUGCUGGCACCAUGCGGCCUUGGAAGCGCCUCUUUUUUGUACUUCGUUCCCAUACGCUUUUCAUCUAUAAAGACAAAAGGGAGGCUGUUCUAUAUGAAUCAAGGCCCGGUUCAGGUCUGGAUGAGUAUCCUCCUCUCAACAUUCGUGGCUGCCUGAUCGACAUUGCUUAUAGUGAAACAAAGCGCAAGCACACCCUGAGACUGAUGACACAGGACUUCUCUGAGUAUCUGCUCCAAGCUGAAAACAGGGAGGAGAUGUUGGCAUGGAUCAAGAUUAUCUGCGAAAACAGCAAAAUUGACAAUGAGGAUAUUGGUUCCUCAAGGCAGGCUCUUAUCAACAAGAAGCUGAAUGACUACAGAAAACAGAGUCUUACAGGUAACAAACCCGAUUCCUCCCUUAAAACCCACCGUAUGAUGGCUCCUUUCCUCUUGGCUAAGAAUGACAAUGCCUUAGCAAAUCGAUCAUCGAAAAGUGUUGACAACAAGACACCAUGGGGUAUCAAUAUAAUGAAGAAGUCCAAGCAGAUGUGCAAUCCAAAGGCUUUUGGGGUACGCCUUGAGAAUUGUCAGCCAGCUGCAAGCCAUAAAUUUGUCCCCCAGAUUGUAGAGAUGUGUUGCAGUGUGGUUGAGGCAACAGGUCUAGAAUACACUGGAAUUUAUCGGGUGCCAGGAAACAAUGCCAUGGUGUCCAACCUGCAGGAACACCUCAAUAAGGGUUUUGACAUCAACACUGCUGAGGAGAGAUGGCAGGACUUGAAUGUAAUCAGCAGCUUACUGAAAUCUUUCUUCCGAAAACUGCCUGAGCCACUGUUUACUGACGAGAAAUACAGUCACUUCAUUGAUGCCAACCGGAUAGAGGACACAAGGGACCGCCUGAAGACUAUGAAAAAACUGAUUCAAGAACUGCCAGAUCACUAUUACCACACCCUCAAGUUUUUGGUGUGUCAUCUAAAAAGGGUGGCAGAUUACUCUGAAAAGAAUAAGAUGGAACCAAGAAACCUUGCUCUGGUUUUUGGUCCGACUCUGGUGAGAACAUCAGAAGACAACAUGACAGAUAUGGUGACCCAUAUGCCAGACCGCUACAAAAUAGUGGAGACACUAAUCCUACACUGUGACUGGUUCUUCUCGGACGGAGAGCUUAGGAAGCAGGAGAAAACUCCUGAUGAGGACAUGCCAAACAUUAACCACCUGUUGUGCAACAUUGGCAGGCCAGGUAUGCCAGGAAAAACAUCAGGUGGUGAGCCUUUCGGAGAGCGGACUGGUGUUGCCUCUUCGGGCUGGAUGCAGACCCGGCCACCAGGCACCCGCCAACGUGCUCCGCUACUAGGCCUGGCUCCAGAUGGGGACCCCAUUGACCCGCAUCCAGCAUCCACCACCAGCGAUUUAUUUAAGCUUUCAUGGAGCACAGUUCAUGACCUAAGCACCACGGACAUCAUGUCCAAGUCCGGCAUCCGGCAUCUUCGCCCUCUCCCAGACAGCACUUCAGAUGAAGACUUUGAACACAGAACAACGGAACAAGAGAAGCCACCAUGA